GGAGGCCAAGAUGAAAACGGUCAACUCUCCCUUAUCCACAAGGCCAAAAGAGGGGGGCCGGCUUGCUGUGGUGUGGCCACCCCGGGCCUAGGCUGGGCCAGGCCUGUAGAAGGUACUCAGGAACUGCAGGUUUUGCGUUUUCCCUCCAUGAAACUGACAGGCAUUCGGGCUGACUUCGGCCUCUCAGUCUCGCGGUAAGAGACCCAAGUUUUUCUAGUCCUAGAUGGAAAUAAAUUUCAUCUGCCUCAGGUCUCUGGUAUAAAAGGUGCAAUCCCAGUUACCUCACAGGCCUGGGCGAGGAAAAUGCCAAGAGCUGUAAAAGGGCUUGGAAAAGUAAAAAAGGUGAUGUAUAAAUGUAAUAAUUGAUUAUCAUUUUGUGCUCAAGAAUAAGCCAUGGAACACAAAAUAGGAAAGUAAGUCUACAGCCCUAAAAUAUAUGCAUAUAAAACUUUAAAAGAAUGCAGUUCCAACUCUAUAGAUGGUAUUUGGGGAUUGUCUACUGCUUUAGAGUCUCAAUGCCCCUUUUCUCACGUGGGUGUUGAUUUCCCAAAAGGUAGCAGUGUCGUCUCUAAUGUGGGUGUUGAUUUUCAAAAAGGUAGCAGUAUUGUCUCUAACGCAGUGGUUAGUAAUGUUAAGUGCAACAUGCAUGUUAAAGAGUUUUAAUUUUUAUUGCAAACAAGUAAGGGAAGGUGACUCUAAAGCCCUGGCUGGAGGAAGCUCUGCCGUAGAGUAGUGGUCGCAUCUUUGUGUGAACAAAGGGCUAGACAGCUGCCACUCUGAGGCGAGGGCCCUAGGCCAGGAGACGCUGAGUGCCUGGGUGGCGCCCGAUGAGGUGGAGGGCCCUGAGUCCACCGAGAGCUGCGAAGAGAGAGAGGACUCAUCUGAGUCAGGACUGCACGGCGCGGCCCCGCCCAGGCCCCGCCCCUCGGACGGCCCUGUGGCCCCGCCCCGCCCCCUCGUCCCUCGAGGGCGCUCCAAGUUCCCGCCAGGACCCAUGGCAGGCGUGGAAACCGCUGCGAGGCGGCACCACGACGUAGGCUGAGGUCGCCGGCAGUAUCCAUGGCGUCCCAGGGCGGCAGCUCCCUGGAGCUCCUGGCCUGGUUCUUGCUUCUGCAGCCAUGGCUCGAAGAGGCCCAGGCAGGCAGGGUGGGUGCGCAGGGAGGCGUAGCACUGCUCUUCCCCUCCGCUCUCCCCUCAGGGCCAGGUGGCCAGGACGCCGGAGCGAGCGGAUGGGAGCCGCCACCUGUAGGGGCUCCAGGAUCCCCAGCGGCCCGCCAGUCCAGGGGGAACGCAGUGCUCCCCGCGUCGGUGUUACUUCCCUCAGCCUGUGGCCAGCGGACUUCAAGGAUAAUUGGAGGACUGCCGGCCCCAGACAGGAAGUGGCCCUGGCAGGUGAGCCUGCAGACCAGCAACAGACACAUCUGCGGAGGCUCCCUUAUCGCCAGGCGCUGGGUGCUCACUGCCGCUCACUGCUUCUCUGGCCAUCUGGAAUACACAGUGAAGCUAGGAGACACAAAUGUGCAUCAUUGCUCCAAAACGGCACUUGUGGUCCCAGUUCGUGACAUCGUUAUCCACCGAUAUUUUACGUCUCCUGGAAUAAUUGAAAAUGACAUUGCCCUUGCUCUGCUUGACUUCCCUGUGAAUUACUCCACGCACAUCCAGCCUGUGUGCCUCCCUGAACAGGCUUUCAUGGUGCAAGCUGGUAUGAAGUGCUGGGUGACCGGAUGGGGCAACGUAAAUGAAACAGAUUCAUCAGAAAAUAUAGUAACUGAGCUUCAGGAGGCUGAGCUAAGCAUUAUGCUUCAUGAGAAAUGUAAUGAGGUGCUCAAGGAAAAGAUAAGAAUGAGGAGUGAAAUGGUCAAGAAAGGGACCAUCUGUGGCUAUAAUGACCAAGGGAAGGAUGCCUGUCAGGGAGAUUCUGGGGGGCCCCUGGUCUGUGAAUUAAAUGGCACAUGGGUCCAGGUGGGGAUUGUGAGCUGGGGCGUUGGCUGCGGUCGCAAAGGAUACCCUGGAGUUUACACAGAAGUUAAUUUCUACAAGAAAUGGAUUAUUGAUCACCUGAGACAAGCUUCCUGUUUGAAUUCAGCAGACUUCGUCGUCCUAGUCUUGUGUCUGGUGAUGCCCCUGGGCAUCCUGGUGACCCCGUGAUCAGACCCCAUUCCACUCUUCUGCUGUUUCUGAGUCUCACACUUAGGUGUCUCCUCUGACCAACUUCCCACUCCUUCUCAAUGCCCUUUCUGCAAAUCCCAGUUGGAAUCAACGGGCCCUCUGGAGAUCCGUACAAUAGAGCAUGGCAGGGAGACUGGGGCCUGGAAAGUGCCCCUGCCUGGUGCUCUGGUCACUUGCCUCAGCCAUGCCUGCACCAGGGCUGUGCUCUGGCUGGUGGGAAGGAGAGUGUGAACCGAUUCCAGCUAGAGGGCCAGCUGCCCUGCCAGGUGGGCCACAGUGACUCAUCAAUAUCUGGAGGAACAUCUAUCAAAGAAGAGACAUCAUCAACGGUGAAGCAAGUGUUAGACGUGGUUCUGGUUUCAGGGCUCCCACCUGAGACUUUGUGAAACCAGCCAGCUGGGUGAUUGCUCAGAGAGAGUGAAGGAGGCAUUACCAGGUCCCUGCAGACGUGUGAGGCCUGGGACUUCCACUCUGGCUCAGUUGUCUGGGGCUGGGAGAAGUUCCCCUGCAGCCCAGUGUGGAUCCAUCUGUGAGUGGAUAGCCUCUGCCACACCAGCUCUCUUGGGGCAACCCAUUCUUGCACCUCUUUCCUCAGUGCCCUAGUGGCCACUUUCAGGGACACUACAAAUUGUAUUGAGUCUGUUAUGGGGUGUGGAGUUUUCGGAAAUCAACUAAAUAAAUAUUUGGAGAGUCUCCUGUGUUUCUGAAGCUCUGCUCACUGGGGUGUGAGGUUGUA